GUAUAAAUAGGAUUUUAAAGAAUCGUCAAACGUUUCGGAGACUCGAAAAAUCUGUUGAAGGAAAAUGAAAGUUCAAACUUGUGGAUUAUUCCUCCUUUGCCUUGGUGUCGUGCAUGCAGGAAAUGAGGAGAUAGUUCCUGCUGACAAUAACAAUGACUGGGAUCCUGGCACUUGGCACCUGAUUGACGGAAAAUAUUACUUUGCUGAUAGAUACAGUGAGCAAAUCUACACUGCACGAACAUAUUGUCAGCGCGUUGGAAUGAUUCCGGUCACUUUCGAAGACCCAGCAAAAAAAGUGGUUCUUGACGCGUAUUUCACUAACAUUGGUUGGACUUUCUAUGAUUUUUGGACUGGCGCGGUCAAACGAAAAGGUUCGAACGCCUACAUAUGGGAACCCAGCGGCAUACCUUUUGAUGUGUCGCAAUGGGCACCGGGACAACCGAAAUACGCUAGUGACACCAGAGAUGUCUGCAUUCGUUAUUCUCCGGGCACUGAAGGCUUCAGUGACUGGGUUUGCGAUAUAACUUAUCCAAACUGGGGACACAUUUUGUGCCAAGAACCUUAAUUGGUUUCAAAAAAUUUGAAGAAACAACCAAGUAUUAAAAGUAUUGGUUCAAAAAUAUUACAUUUAAAUUUUUUAAUGCUUUACAUAUCUUCCUCUAAACUAAUUGGCAGCUCACUUAUCAAUAAAUUGACUUUUUUAAAAC